AUGUCGGGGAGCGCGGAGGCGGACCCGGCGCGCGCGGCCGCGCAGGAGGAGAGCGAGGACGAGAGCGAGGUGCUGGAGGAGAGCCCCUGCGGCCGCUGGCAGAAGCGCAAGGAGCAGGUAAACCAAGGCAACAUGCCCGGGCUCCAGAGCACGUUCCUGGCCAUGGACACGGAGGAGGGAGUGGAGGUGGUGUGGAACGAGCUGCAGUUCACCGACAAGGCGGCUUUCACGGCGUACGAGGUGAUCUUCAUCACUGAGUACGUCUCCUCAGGCAGCCUGAAGCAGUUCCUGAAAAAGACCAAGAAGAACCACAAAGCGAUGAAUGCCAGGGCAUGGAAGCGCUGGUGCACCCAGAUCCUCUCAGCUCUCAGCUACCUGCACUCCUGCGAUCCCCCCAUCAUCCACGGCAACCUCACCAGUGACACCAUCUUCAUCCAGCACAAUGGGCUCAUCAAAAUUGGAUCAGCCCUUCCGCCCGAACUCCACAGUCCGGGCCGCACAGAGCGGGAAGACCCACGGAACCUGCACUUCUUCCCUCCGGAGUAUGGAGAGACGGCCGACGGCACCGCGGUGGACAUCUUUUCCUUUGGGAUGUGUGCUCUGGAGAUGGCCGUGCUUGAGAUCCAGUCAAACGGGGACUCCUCCGUGACCAAGGAGGCCAUUGAGCGAGCCAGGCACUCCCUGGAUGACCCCAACAUGCGGGAAUUCAUCCUGGGCUGCCUCCUCCUGAACCCCAGCCAGAGGCCCACGGCCCACGACCUGCUGUUCCACCGGGUGCUUUUUGAGGUCCACUCCCUGAAGCUCCUGGCUGCCCACUGCUUCAUCGCCCACCAAUACCUGUGGCCUGAAAAUGUGGUGGAGGAGAAAACCAAGGAGCUGGAUCUCAGCGAGGUGAUGGCAGAGAUUCGACGGGCAGGGCGGCUGCCUGUGCAGUGGAGAUAUUCAGAGGUCUCCUUCCUGGAACUGGACAAAUUCUUGGAGGACGUCAGGAAUGGUAUCUACCCCCUGAUGAACUUUGCCACCAUCCGGCCCCACACCCUGCCACAGUCCAGUUCCCAGGCCCUGGAAGACCCCCAGAAAGCCCAAACCCCCACACCGGAGCCUUUUGAUGUAGAGACGCGGAAGGUGGUGCAAAUGCAGUGCAAUGUGGACUGGCUGGAGGAGAGGCGGCAAUGGCACCUGACCCUCCUCCUCAUCCUGGAAGACAAGCUCCAUCGCCAGCUGAGCUACGACCUGCUCCCCAGCGACAAUGCCAGGGACCUGGCGGCUGAGCUGGUGCAGUACGGAUUCAUCCGCCAGGACGACUGGGAGAAGCUGGCGGCGUUCCUGGAAGGCGCCCUGCACCGGCCCCAGCCCCCCCCCGCCCGAGGCGCCGGCUCCAGCCCCGAGACCGGCAGCCAGGACGGGCCCUGA